UUCAACACGUUCUUCAGUUUAACUUCGACUCUCGCUCGAGUCGCGCGGCGGUCGGCAGCCAUUUUUUUUCUACCGAAUUUCGCGCUCAAAAUCUUUUGGCCCUUUUACAGUCCAUUUCAAAUUGAAAAUUAUCUUUCUGUGUUCAAAAUGUUCUUGUUGAGCAGAAUGUUUCGAGGAAUAAGAUAGCACAAUGAAGAUGCAAAACCAUUGCAGUGAUAAUUAAUCAAGAAUUAGUUUAUUUAUAAGUGAAAGAACAUUAGUGAAGUUUAUUGAAAAUGGAGACGACACAAUUUAGCAAUAAAAGGGACUCGGAAGCAAACGGCGAUGCUGUGGAGAUGAGUCAAGUCCAUAAAGGCAACGAGAAAAAUAAUAAUGGACAAAUAGUACACGAUACCCUCGACUACGAGCCCUCAGGGUGGUUGGAGACCACGAUCACCAAGGUCGGGAGCACCACAGGAGGCUUCUUCCAAAGGAACGGGGACGCCAUGAAGACCAUAUUCUGGUUCAUCUUCAAUGGGCUGGUCAUUGGGUAUUUCGCUGGAUGCUGGUAUUACUGGGCCAAUAUUUCAAAAGAACCACUAGUACUGUGCAGCGGUUUCGGCAGCCUGAUCGCGUUUCUGGGCAUCAUUUACUUCUUCGUCAUCUACUUCAUGGUGGUGAAGAGGUUCCUCGGCAAAUGGUUCGAGAGGGUCGUGUGGACGAAGGUCAGCGAGUUCAUAGGAUACCUUUGGAAGAUUACCCUGUUCCGAUGGGGUUUCGUCAUAGCUGUGUUGGCAGCCAUUGCGGUGUUCAUAUACUUUGACACGAAAGAUGCGCCGGACCGGUUGAUCUCUCUUCUAGGACUGGGCAUUCUGCUGUUGUUAGGCUUCGUGUUCUCCGCGAACCCAGGCCGCAUCAACUGGCGGAGCGUGCUCAUGGGACUCCUCCUGCAGUUCCUCUUCGGGGUCAUAUUCAUUAGAGUCGACCAAGGACGGGCUGUUCUUCAGUGCUUCUCUGAUAAGGUGGCAACAUUUUUGGCGUACGGCAUAGAGGGAGCUGCGUUCGCAUUUGGAGACCUGCUGGUCAGGACUGAAGCCGUCUUCGCAUUCAGUUCCCUGCCCGUGAUAUUCUUCUUCAGCAUGCUGGUGGAGGUGCUGUUCUUCUGGGGCGCUCUGCAGUGGUUCGUUCUGAAGCUGGGCGAGGUUCUGCGAUCUGCCACCUCCACGACUGUGUGUGAGAGCGUCAUCGCGGUGGGAAACGUGUUCCUUGGCAUGACGGAAUCCAUCUUGCUGAUCAAGCCCUACCUGUGUCUUCUCACGCCAUCAGAAAUGCAUGUCGUCAUGUCCUCAGGCUUCGCUACCGUGUCCGGUACGAUUCUGGCCGCGUAUAUCGGUUUUGGCGCGGACCCGGCGCACCUGGUGACAGCCAGCAUAAUGUCCGCUCCCGCUGCGGUCUGCUACUCCAAGCUGAUGAUGCCGGAGACUAAGCGAUCGCUGACCACCGUGGACAAUAUACAACCAAUGCGGAGCGAGGAUCAGUCAGCCCUUUCCGCGGCCACUCGAGGGGCUACCAACGGAAUAGCGCUCAUCCUCAACAUCAUAGCCAACUUGGUAGCCUUCGUCUCGUUCGUAGCCUUCGUGAAUGGAGUGCUGGGCUACGGAGGCGGACUGCUUGGGAACCCGAAUCUGAAUUUGGAGUGGAUCUUUGGGAAGAUCUUUAUACCAUUGAGCUGGGUUAUGGGGGUGCCAUGGGAGGAGUGUGAGCUGGUAGGCUCUCUGAUCGGACUGAAGACGGUCGUCAACGAGUUCGUGGCUUACCAGAGGAUGGGGGAGAUGCUGAAGGCUGGGCUACUCUCGCCUCGAGCAGAGAUGAUAGCCACAUACUCGCUCUGCGGUUUCACGAAUCCAGCCUCUGCUGGCAUCAUGAUCGGUGCCAUUUCUGCUAUGGCGCCAAACCAGAGGGAAACACUGUCUGGCAUGGCGGUGAGAGCUUUCUUCACUGGCUGCGGAAUCUGCUUCAUGACCGCGUGUAUAGCAGGAUUACUCAUGCCCGAAGGAUCAUUUGGAUGACUAAAGUGAUGUUAAUUAUUAUUUAAAUCUAUGAUAAUUAAUUUUAUGUAAAUAGACGAAUUAUUAAGUAUUUUAUGAAACUUAUACAACAUAUCAACAUGUUAUACUUAUUUUUGUAAAUAAUGUUUUUAUUAAAAACAAAUGUAAAUAUUCUAUUUUUAUGCAUAUC